GUAUUUAAGGACAGUGGCUCAUAAUCUUACUGUAGCCAGUCCCAUUCUGAGUAAGGACACUGCAGUUGUUCUAUGAAUCUCUCCAACAUAAUAUCCAUGGAUAAAAUUUUAAGUCGCUUUGGACAAUAGCCCUAUGCCACUAAAUGAAAACGUCAAUUGAUCAAUGGCCACUUAAUCAGUAGCCCUUUAAAAGUUAAGUGACUAAAUGGCUUAUUUGAUUAGAGGGUAACUUGUUCUGUUUCUUUUUUGUGGUUCCAAAUGAUCAAUGAAUAAUUCGAUUUAGAUUGCACAAAAUGUCUUUGUAUCCAUAAUAUAUGUAUUUUCAUCACUUUAGCCCUGGGCUGGAAUGCCCAGACAGGCCCACCAGACAUACAUACCCAAGGUACAUUUUUUCAGAUCGGGGGGGCACUAACCAAUUGGCCCACCAGGACAAUGCCGGGUAUGCCAGAUGGCCAGUCCAGGCCUGCUUCAGUUUACGAGUUUCAAAUUCAGUUUAUCAUAUCUUUCGAUAUAAGGUGAAUUUCAAUUAGACAACAUCCCAAUUAAUGGUAAUUAUUAGAGAAUCUACCAGGAGCAAAAACAGUAUGCAGGGCAAGGCAUGGAAAUAUGUGUUUUAGUGUUGGACGCAGGCAGUCAGCGUUCGGGCUGUCCGCGCAUCCCUCGUGUCAAACGCGAAGUCGAUAUAACAUCAUGUCACCUCUAGGCGGCGCCAUAGAGACCAUCUUCGGGGGAAAAAAACAACAGUUCACCUUCUUUUCCUUUUACCCAAAAUGCUCGAGUUACAGUGGCCAUGGAGCGCGUUCGCUGUCAUGCAAUAACACAAUAAUACGGCGAGGGGGAAAAAACUGGGGGCAAGGAAACUUUUAACGGGAAUUUAAGGGUACGCCUUGCGAAACAUGGCUGUGAGAGAAGAAGGAGAUGUUGUGCACAGUAAAAGCAAGCACCACGACGGGAUUGGCAGUGUAAACAGCACAGAAAGCUUCAGGAACGGCUAUGCGAAGGGCUGCGUCACCCCUUUAAAACAAGAUCACCGGAGGGGCUUUUUAUUUAACUUGUGCAGAUUUUGCAAUCCGGAUCUGCUGGGCACCCGAUUGCGGGCUACGGCUCUGUAUCUCGGCGCAUUUGCGGUCCUUGUCGCCUCGCUGCUUAAUUCCCGGAGCUUGCAGAGUGGACUUUGCUUUCUGGAUCUGCGGACUUUGCUGGGCUUUUCGCAAUCCGUCAGUCCCUUGUUCAGCAUCGGCUGCGCGUUUUUCUUCCUGACGUUUUACCUGAGGAGGAAGAAGCAGGAAAGUUGCAGAUGCUGGCUGGCGUCGCUGCCGGCGUCCUGCUUCUUCGGGGAUUUCUUGGUCGUGCAGUUUUUGCAAUGGGGGGACGAUCGGCAAAUGCAAAUGGUGGGCAGGCUGCUCUUCGUCCUGGGCUGCGUCGGUUUGCUGACCCUGAUCCCGGCUCUGAAGCUCAGACACAGUGUCCUCAUCCUGGUCUUCGCCAGCUCCGUGUGGCUGGUUUCCUUCACCAGUCUGGACUCCCUGCCCCCGUCCCUGAGACCCCUCUCGGCGUGCCUCGCAGGGGUUGCCGGCUCCCUCCUGGCUCUCUGCUUCGAGAACUGCUACCCAUGGAGGGACGCCUCUCACAGGAUCCCAAACCUGGAGGAGAAGGUGCCCGUGAUCAGACCCAGACGACGCUCCAGUUGCGUUUCCCUCGGAGAAACGUCCACCAGUUACUAUGGCAGUUGUAAGAUGCCCCGGAGACCUUCGCUGCCCUGUAUUUCCAAAGAGCAGGAGAAAACCACAAACACACACUCACGCGUUGGGUUUGAACCCCCAAUCCUGGAGAUGCGAGUGUUACCCACUGAACCACUGUGUUACCGAAAUAAUCACCACCCCACAUCAGGUGAAUGCUUAAAAAAACAUUCAGUUCAAGAGAACAUUUUAUUCAAUCAUCUGUUGACAAAAGUAGUGGAUUAGAGAAUUUUAUGUAAGUUUUGACUUAUCUAAUUGAUGCGUAGUGUGAAAAUGAAAUGACUACACAGUUUAUAUUUUUGAAAUAUUCUUUAGCGUGAAUAUGAAGUAUGCCAUUUAAUAAUAACUAGCAGCAAUCUGAUUUUUAGAUGUCAGUGUACUUAUCAAAUGGCUGGAUUUAUCAGAUAAGAACCCUCCUUUUUAACUGACGGACUUUUCGCUAUCUAGCAUUCCAUACGUUCGCCUUUAAGGCUUUGGAAAUAAGGGUUUUAAUGUGAAACGACUGUAGGAAUCUGCCCCGAUUUGCAACAGUACCUCUAUUUUCACUUCCUGUUUGUGCUGCUUUCUUGUCAGAUGAAUAUUACAAUGAAAUCAUAGCAUCAUCUUAACUGUCGCUUAAUUCUAGACGUUGGAGGAAUAUUAAGUGAUCUAUAGGAUAAAAUAAGUGUUUGCCUAAUUAAAUGUUAUUUUGAGUUGGUUUAUAUUGGUUUAUAUUAAUAAAUGCAUUCUUGAGAAUUUGUAUUCAUAUAUAGUAUUUUUGGUGUAAGGAAUUAAUUUGAAAUGUCAUUAGGUGUGAUUCAUGUGUCAGUACAAAGCGGUCAGUACACGGGGAACAUGGUGUGCUGUGUGCUGAAAGGCACGCGGGCAGGCUCCUCUUUGGCGUCACAUCACCGAGCCGGUGCUUCUCCCCUUUUCUCCACCUGUCAUUCUGUCCCGCUUCCCCGCCUGCACAGGUGGCGGUCCUGGGCCCGUCUGACUGUACCGCGCUGAUGCUCUUCGUCUGUGUUUUAACGCGCUUGGCUGCCAAAUUAAUGAAUGUAAACGUAAAUCCUGUUUCUCUGUAGGCAUUUUCUCGGCUUACCGAGGAUGUAAGUAGCUUAUGUUGUCAUAGAGAGGAAGGUAUGUGUUUUUAAGGAGAUAGUUGGAUGGAGAGGGUAUUGUGCGGUCGUGUGUUUUUUUUUGGUUUGUGCUAAGCGGCGUCCUGCGCGGUCCAAACCUGGAACGAAACGGAAGCAGAAGAACACAGGCAGAA